AUGAAGCCUCGGCGCCAGUGCAGCCAGGAUGUCACCGGCUUCCUCAGCCUGGGAGUGGAUGAGGAUCGGGAAAAACUGCGUGAAGCGAAGCCUGAGGGGAUCUCACUAAUCAGAGAGGGAGGAGAAGAGGAAAAGGGUAUACAGCCAGAACCUGAGCAGGGAGCAACAUCAGCAGUAGAACGAGAGAUAAGAGAUGAAGAAGAAGCCAAAGAAGGCAGCGACGGUGGCCCAGGCACCCCAGGCCCCAUGGAUGUUGAACGCCAUGAGGCCAGCCGCGAUAGUGGUGAAGAACCGAGAGAGCAGGGGCAGGAGGAACAGCCCUUCCAGGCCAUUAUCCAUGGUCCACAGUCAGGGGACAGGCAGCAGGUGAUCCAGCACGCCAUGUUCACCCAGGUGCAGAUGCAGGAGCUUGAGUGCAUUUUCUUUCGCAAUGCCUAUCCCAGCUUGUUGAUGAGACAGGAGAUUGCAAGACGCAUGAAUGUGUCUGAAGCCAGAGUGCAGGUUUGGUUUAAGAAAAGGAGGUCCAGGUGGAGGAGACAACAGAGGGUAUUAAUGUUGAGAAAUAUGCGCUCCGUGGCGCUGGGCCCCCAUGUCGUCGAAACCUCGGGUAGACCCUUCAGUGCCAUCCGUAUUCCGCAGCCAGUUUGGACAUGUGUGCCGGUUCCACUGCCCCUGUGGCCGCCUCUGCCGCUCAUACCGCCCUUUCCGCCGUUGUUCUUGCCUCCUCCGCCCUUGCUUCCUGCACCUUUGCCUCCCUGGCGCCCGCCCCCAUGUGGCUGGGCCUGGUUCCUUACCCCGAAUGGUCCUUUUGUAGCCCCCAUUUUCUAA